AUGGGUCAUGGCUUAGAGAAGAUGAUUAAUAGAGGAAAGAAGCUGGCUAUCGAGGUUGCUGAAGGGAAGAAAAGACCUAAGGUCCCACUUCAAGUAGCAAGGCUGGAAUCUAAAUGUGGUGUUGUCCUUAGAGACAACCUGCCUAUCUACACAUCUUGGAAAGAAUAUGAUAAUGAGUAG